AUGUCCACCGGAGCCAAGUGUCCCGUCUCUGGCCAGCAGUCUGCUACUGGCGCUUGUCCCGUCUCUGGACAACAAUCCGCCUCUGGCGCCUGCCCCGUUUCUGGGCAACAAGCCGCUGGUGGUGCUUGCCCAGUUUCUGGCCAGCAGUCCGCGACCGGCGGCUGCCCCGUCUCGGGUCAGCAAUCUGCUUCUGGGGGCUGCCCGGUCGCCCACGCGCAGCCUGGUACGCCCGCUCAAGCUUCUGACCCGUCCAAGCCGACUGCUUCCUCGCUCCCGCCCGAGGCGAUCGAGCUCGCGACCCGGCUCUUCAACAUGGCCCGCAAAGGCGACAUGACGCUGAUCACGUACGUCGAGAACGGUAUCCCGCCAAACCUCACGAACCACGACGGAAACACGCUUCUCAUGCUCGCCGCAUACGCGGGACACGCGGAGCUCGUGCGCGAGCUGCUGAAGAAGGGCGCCGAUGUCGAUCGCCCGAACGACCGCGGACAGACUCCCCUCGCUGGCGCAGUGUUCAAGCUCCACGACGACGUGGUCAAGGCACUUCUCGAAGGAGGCGCCGAUCCGAACAAGGGCACGCCGAGCGCAAUCGACACCGCGCGUAUGUUCAAGCGUGACGAGGUGCUCAAGCUCUUUGAGGAAAGGGCGCAGGCUUGA